AUGUAUGCAUCAGCAGCGUGGGCACCCACCGUGGAAAAGAUGGGGGUCCAAAAAAGGCUGAACACCGUACAACGGGGGUUCGCCCAAAAGAUCUGCCGAGCAUAUUGGACCGUCUCCCUGAACUCAGCUAUGCUGUUGGCUGGGAUAUUCCCCCUUGACCUCAGAAUACUCGAAGUUUCGAGAUUAUAUGGGAUCAAGAAGGGGGUGUCGCACCCAGCGUUGGGAGACAGGGAGGUGGUAAGAAUGGCUCCGGCGAUUGAGGACCCACAUCCGGCAGAGCAGGAAGGGCUGGGGUUCGGGCUGGUGGACGAGGACUCGUAUUCCGACGUGGCUAACAGCCACGUUCACAGGAUCUACACGGACGGCAGCAAGAUUGAGGGUCGAGUCGGAGCCGCCCUUUCCAUAUGGGAGGGGGAGGCCGAGACGAAGGCCGUCAAGCUUGCUUUGCCGCCGUAUUGCACCGUCUACCAGGCCGAACUUCUAGCGCUCCAAAGAGUAGUAAUUAGAGCCUGCAAGAGUGGAGUGUCGAAGGUCGGCAUCCUCAGCGACUCCAGAUCGGCCCUCCAGGCCGUCACACUCGGUUCCCCCCACCCCCUUGCUGUGCAAACAAGGGCGGCCCUCCGAAAAGCUGCUUCGCAGAGGCGGGAGGUCGCUCGGUUUUGGAUUAAGGCGCACGCAGGACUGAGCGGGAACGAAAGAGUUGACCAAUUAGCCAAAGAGGCCGCUCUGGGGUCGAAGAGGAAACCCGACUAUGAUCUGUGUCCUGUUUCAUUCGUCAAGCGUAUCUUUAGACAGGAUACGAUCGGGGAAUGGGACAGGAGAUACGAUGUGGGGGAGACGGCUGGAGAAUAUGAAAGACAAAUGUUAUGUAGACAACUAGACAGCCUACAGUUACCUCCCCAGCAGCCGCCGCCGCCGCUGCUGCCGCUGGUUGCGCGCGGCCGGCGAGCGGUGAGCCCGGAGCCGGCGACGCGGACGCUCAGUAGCGCCGCAGACCCGCCGCCGACCGCCGCGUGCCGCCCGCUCCGCGACGCGCAAUAA